AGCAGUGCCCAAGCAGCAACUCUUCAAACACCUCAGAUGGCCAUGACUAGCAGUGAUCAUACAGUGACUCCCGAAACACUUCAGAUGGCCAUGGGAGAAUCUAGCAGUCCCAGCCAGCAUCUGUUCAGACAACUCAGAUGAUCAUACCAGAAACCAGUAGGACCCAGGCAGUGAUCCAACAAGCAGUGACUUCAGACAUAGAUUGGCAAGAAAUGCAUUUUGUGAGGCCGCUAUUACCACAGGACACGGGCAGUGUGAAAGCAGUGAUUUGUCAGACACCACAGGUGGCUGAAGAAGGAACGAGCAGUGCCCAUGCACUGAUCCAGCAAGCAGUAUCUUCCAAACUAGAUUUGGAAGAAUCACAUCCAGCGGUUUCACUGUUACUGCAGGACACCAGUAGUGUGAGAACAAUGGUUCAUCAGACAGCGCAGAUGGCCAAGGAAGAAAUAGCCAGUGGCCAGAUUGUGACUGUGACACAUCAAAUGCCCUUGGGAGAAGCUAGGAAUGCCCAGGCAGUGAUUCAGCAAGCAACAUCUUCAAGGCUACAUUUAGACGAAACACAUUCAGUGAUUCCACUAGUGCCACAGGACACUGGCAGUGUGAGAUCAGUGAUUCAUCAGACGCCACAGAUGACCGAAGAAAGAAUUAUCAGUAUUCAGACAGCUCAGGCUAAACAAAUGGCCAUGGAAGAAGAUGGCAAUGCCCAAGUAGUGGCUCUUCAAAUACCACAGAUGGCCACGGGAAGGGCUGCCAGUGCCCAGGCAGUGGCUGUUCAGAUACCUCAGAUAGCCUCAGACGGAACCAGCAGUGUCCAGGCAGAGACUGCUCAUAUUACACAGAUGGCCAUGGAAGAAACUAGCAGUGCCCAGGCAGUAACUCAUCAGUCACCACAAUCACAGCUGGGCGUGGAAAGGGCUAGCAGAGUCCAGGCAGUGUCCCAGGUGGCUUUGAAAGAGGCUGGCAGUGCUCAGGCCAUCAUCCAACAAGCAAUGGCCUCACAGUUAUUGGAGGAAACACAUUCAGUGAUUCCACUUUUGCCACAGGGCGCCGGCAGUUUCAGAGCAGAGAUUCGUCAGACUCCUCAGGUGGCUAAAGAAGGAAUAGACAGUGCUCAAACAGUGAUUGUUCAAACACCACAGACGACCUCGGGAGAUACUAGCAGUAUCCAGGCAGUGACAGUUCAAACCCAUCAGAUGGCCAUGGGAAAGGCUUUUAGUGCUCAAGAAUUGACUAUUCAGACAUCACAGAUGGACAUGGAAGGAGGUAUAAGUGCCCAAGCAGUGAUAAAUGAAACACCUCAGAUCGACGUGGAUGCAAUUAGCAGUGCCCAGGCAGUGAAUGUUCACACACUUCAGAUGGCUGGGGGAGCGGCUAGCAGUGCCCAGCCAGUGACUAUUCAAAUAUCGCAGAUACCCGUGAGAGAGGCUAGCAGUGCAGAGGUAGUGACUACUCAAAUGCCGCAAAUGGCCAUGGGAGAGGCUAGCAGUGCCCAGGUAGUGCCUCUUCAUACAGCUCAGAUGGCCCUGGCAGAGGCUAGCAGUGCCCAAGCAGUGCCUCUUCAUACACCUCAGAUGGCCAUGGGAGAGGCUAGCAGUGCCCAGGCAGUGACUCUCCAUACGCCUCAGAUGGCCCGGGCAGAGGCUAGCAGUGCCCAGGCAGUGACUCUCCAUACGCCUCAGAUGGCCCUGGGAGAGGCUAGCAGUGCCCAGGCAGUGACUCUUCCAUACGCCUCAGAUGGCCAUGGGAGAGGCUAGCAGUGCCCAGGCAGUGACUCUCCAUACGCCUCAGAUGGCCCUG